GUUUCAAAAAUAUACAAUAUGGAAAUAAAACUUUAACCAAGAAAUCCAAUAAACACUAUCGAUGUGUCGAUAUUUUCAGUAUUGGCCAGGUGCGCGAUGGGGCAACUAGUGUAAUAGAAAAAAUUGAAAACACUCCCGUCAAUAAUUAAAAAAAAAAAAAAAAUUGAAAACACAGUGUUUCCCUUUCCUUUUUUGUGUUCUUCCUUUGAGCAUUUCACUUUCCGUCUCUCUCCUCAAUUGAACCGUACUCUGAUGUCUAAAUCCUCCAUUGAAGCGACUUCUAAGCUUCCAACCCUCCAUUGAAAUACCUUCCAAGGUAAGAUUUAGCACUACCACUUCUAUGUUAGGAAGGAACAAUGAAAACGGACCUCUUCUCCCUGGGUCAAGGGUCUCCGUCCCUUCUGCCCUGGCUCAGGGACGGAACUUGCCCUCAAAUUGUAGGACAGUCCUAGAAUCUUUGGCACACUUUGACCUCUCAUCGACUUCAUCGUCUUCCUCUUCUCUACAUUCCUUCAACUGCGUCGCCAUUGCUGUUAUCGAUGAUUCUCAGCUUUUAAUUUACUGUGGUACCAAUUCCGGUGAUCUUCUUUUGUUGACCAUAUACCCUAAUUUUGAUCGAUCAUCGUCAUCGGCGACAAUCGAUGAUGAUGGUAAGUUGAAGGUUGUAAGAUGUGUUAGUAUCAGUCAUUCUGGUAUUAAUUCAAUUCAUGUUGUUAAUCAAAUUGGUAGAAUUUUGGUUCUAUCUGAUGGGUUUUUGUAUCUAGUUGAUCUGCAAUUGUUACAGCCUGUGAAAAAGUUAGGGAUUCUGAAGGGUGUUAAUGUUGUUGCUAGAAGGGUUUGUAGUACUGAAUCUGGAAAUUCUAAUUGGAUUAAUGAAGAGGGAGUUAGUAGUAGUGGUAGUAGUGUAGGUGGGAGGCUUAUGAAAAAGUUAGGUGGCGGGGUUAGAUCGAAUGGGGCGAGGGUUAAGGAAUUCAGUUCUAGGGAAGUGGAUAAUGAUGGUGCCUGCCUUUUUGUGGUGGCAAUGGGGAAGAAAGUGGUGUUCAUUGAGCUGAAUUCAGGCAGUAGUAAGCAUGAUCGAGAGGCGGAUGGGCAACGUGGGUUGUUCGUGGUUUUGAAGGAAAUGUCUUGUAUUGAUGGUGUGAAGAGUAUGGCUUGGCUUGAUGAUUCAUUGAUUUUAGGGACUGAUAAUGCUUAUAGUUUGAUGUCCUGUAUUACAGGGCAUGUUGAUUUGAUAUUUUCUCUGCCUGAUACGGCUGCUAUUCCUUGUCUCAAAUUGUUGUCAAAAGAUAAGAAGGUGCUUCUACUAGUUGAUAAUGCGGGCAUUGUAGUGGAUAGUCAUGGACAGCCCGUUGGUGGUACCCUGGUAUUUGUUUGUGUUCCUCGUUCGAUUGCUGAGAUAUCUUCGUAUGUGGUGGUUGCUAGUAAUGGAAAGAUGGAAUUAUAUCAUAAAACAUCAGGAAAUUGUGUUCAAGCUCUUUCUUUCAAGGGUGAUGUUGGAACAAGUAAUUGUUUUGUUUCUGACGAGGAGGAUGUGAAUGGAAGAUUUGUUGUAGUUGCUACAUCAUCUAAGGUGUUUUGUUACCGUAAAAUAUCAUCUGAAGAACAAAUUAAAGAUUUGUUACGGAAGAAGAAUUAUAAGGAAGCGAUCUCCUUAGUGAAGGAGCUUGAGGUUGAUGGUGACCUUUCUAGAGAAAUGGUGUCUUUUGUCCAUGCUCAAGUGGGGUUUCUUUUGCUGUUUGACUUGCGUUUUGAGGAAGCGAUUGAACAUUUCUUAUUGUCAGAAACCAUGGAGCCAUCAGAAAUAUUUCCAUUUGUUAUACGAGACCCUAAUCGAUGGUCUUUGCUGGUUCCCAGGAAUAGGUAUUGGGGUCUGCAUCCACCCCCCGUACAUGUUGAGGAUGUUGUAGAAGAUGGCCUGUUGGCUAUCCAAAGAGCAUCUUUUUUGAAGAAAGCUGGAGUAGAAAGUGCUGUCGACAAUGAGUUUCUUUUGAAUCCACCAACUAGGGCUGAUCUUUUGGAUUCAGCAUUUAGGAAUUUAAUUAGGUAUCUCCUGGUAAUGCGACAUAAAGAUCUUAAUCAGCCAGUGAAGGAAGGAGUUGACACACUUCUAAUGUACCUAUACAGAAUACUUAAUUGCGCUGAAGAUAUGGAGAAACUUGCAUCUUCUGAAAAUAGCUGUGUUGUAGAGGAAUUGGAAUCUUUACUAGAAGAAUCUGGGCAUUUGAGGACCCUAGCUUUUCUAUAUGCGAAUAAAGGAAUGAGCACUAAUGCAUUAGCUAUUUGGCGUGUUUUAGCUAGAAAUUAUCCGCUUGGCGUUCACCAAGAUGUUGCUGAUUCAUACAACGCGAGUGAUUCAAAUUCAAUACCAGCUUUCAGCAAGGAAACUGCAGCCAUUGAAGCGUCUAAAAUACUUGAGGAGUCCGCUGACGUUGAGUCGAUUCUGCAGCAUCUUGGAUGGAUUGCAGAAGUUAAUGAGGAACUUGCCGUUCGCGUUUUAACAUCUCAAAAACGUACCAGCCAACUUCCACCUGAUGAUGUAAUUGCUGCUAUUGAUCCAAGAAAAAUAGAGAUCCUUCAAAGAUAUCUGCAGUGGUUGAUUGAAGAUCAAGACUUUAGUGAUACUCAUUUUCAUACAUUAUAUGCUCUUUCCCUUGCCAAAACUGCUCUUGAAAGUCUGGAAACAGAUGCUACUCAGAAUGCUACUAACAAAAGCAUGAGGCAACCAAAUACAUGUAUACCUGGAAGAAAUUUGUCAUCUGAAAAUCCUGUUAGGGAAAGACUACAAAUCUUUCUUCAUUCUUCCGAUCUGUAUAAUGCAGAAGAAGUUCUUGAGUUAAUUGAAGGCUCAGACUUAUGGCUAGAGAAGGCUAUUUUAUACAGGAAGUUAGGACAGGAAACAUUGGUUCUUCAAAUAUUGGCACUGAAGCUAGAAGAUAGUGAGGCUGCUGAACAAUAUUGUGUAGAACUUGGCAGACCAGAUGCCUACAUGCAGUUGCUUGAUAUGUAUUUAGAUCCACAGAACGGCAAGGAGCCAAUGUUUAACGCUGCAGUUCGUCUUCUUCAUAAUCAUGGAGAAUCACUUGAUCCUCUGCAAGUCCUAGAGAGAUUAUCACCAGAUAUGCCACUCCAGCUUGCAUCAGAAACUAUAUUGAGAAUGCUGAGAGCUCGACUUCAUCAUUAUCAUCAAGGAAAAAUUGUGCAUAGUCUUUCGCGUGCAGUAAAUGUUGAUGCUAGGCUUGCUAGACUUGAAGAGAGAGCACGGAAUGUGCAGCUUAAUGAUGAGAGCUUAUGUGAUUCUUGCCAUGCCCGUCUUGGAACCAAGCUCUUUGCAAUGUACCCUGAUGAUUCUAUCGUCUGUUAUAAGUGUUUCCGUCGCCUUGGGGAAUCUACAUCUGUAGGGCGCCGUAAUUUCAAGAAGGAUGCAUUAAUUAAACCCGGUUGGCUUGUUUCUAGGUAGUGUAUUGAGAGACAUUCUGGAAGCAAAUGGCUGCACAUAGUAGCUCUUGGUUGCUUACUUUGUUUUGGGUCCUUGCUGUUUAGGUUGUUAAUUGAUACUGAUUGUGUUGUGGAUAUAUGAUUAGUCAGUAAAUUCUGAAAUGUAAUCAUAGUGUGUAUUCAAAAUUUGAAUAUCAUAUUCA